CUGGCCGGCCACGUCGCCUUAUCUGGCCGUGCGCAGGAGGCACAGCGAGGCGGGGUGGAGCUGUGGAGGAAGGCUGGCAGCCCUUGGAGCGCGCUCGGCCCCGGCGCGGCAGGAGGAGGAGGGGGGAGAAGGGAGCCCCCGUGGCACGGCAUGAGCUCGGGCGGCGCUGCGGGCGGAGAGCACCUCCGGUUUCUGCGGGGGGCGCCUGGGAACGAGACGCGUCCGGGCAGGCAGCUUUGUCUCCUCCGGCCGGCGCCUAUGGAGCCGUGAAAGGGCGUGGACGGAGGAGCCGAGCGGAGCGAUGCCGGAGGCGGAGCCGCGCUGAGCCCGCGCCGCGGAGGCAGCGAGGAGGGCGGAAAGGAGCGGGCGAGCCAAGCCGCUGCUGGGAUGAGCGCCUCGGCUGCCACCAGCGUCUUCGUCUUGUCCCUCUCGGCCAUCCCCGUCACUUACCUCUUCAACACCUUGGCUGCCAGCGGCAGCUCGUGGACCGUCGCCGCCAUCGGAUUGCUGAUUCUCUUCUUGGUGGCCCUGGCGGCUCGGUUUCUGGUGAAAAGAAAACCACCCAAGGAUCCGCUCUUUUACGUCUAUGCUGUGUUUGCGUUCACCAGCAUCGUGAACUUGAUCAUUGGGCUUGAACACGACGGAAUAAUCGAUGGAUUCAUGACCCAUUACUUGAAGGAGGGCGAGCCUUAUCUGAACACUGCCUACGGCCACGUUAUCUGCUAUUGGGAUGGCUCUGUUCACUACCUGAUGUAUCUCUUAAUGGUGGCAGCUAUUGCGUGGGAGGAAAAUUACCGGACUAUUGGCCUGUACUGGCUGGGAUCCAUCAUGAUGAGCAUAAUUGUCUUUGUGCCUGGAAACAUUGUGGGGAAGUAUGGGACAAGAGUGUGUCCUGCAUUUUUAUUAAGCAUACCAUACAUCUGUCUCCCAGUAUGGGCUGGCUUCAAAAUCUAUCAUCAGCGUCCAACGAAUGGCAAUUCUCCAGUCAAGGUGAUUCAAGAAGUGCAGCAGAAAAGGCUGCUCAGACGACCUCUAGACCUGCUGUUGGCCAUGUACUUCAUCUUUGCAGCCCUGUUUUGCCUGUUUAGGGGUAUGGUUGCCUUGGACUGCCCAGUUGAAUGGUGCCGGUGGUACAGCCAGCUUCAUGAGCCUUAUAUCAAGGAUCCUGCUGCCUAUCCAAAACUUCAGAUGUUGGCUUACAUGUUCUACUCCGUCCCUUACUACAUCGUCGCACUCUAUGGUUUACUCGUUCCUGGAUGCUCCUGGAUGCCUGAUUUAACCCUUAUACAUGCUGGAGGACUAGCUCAGGCUCAGUUUUCACACAUUGGUGCUUCUCUCCAUGCUCGGACGCCAUACAUUUACAGAGUCCCCGAAGAAGGGAAGUUGUGGUUCCUGAUACUCAAUGUAACAUAUGGAGUCCUUCCCCAGCUCUUGGCUUAUAGGUGUGUCUACAGUCCGGAGUUUUUCUUGAAAACAAAGCCAGAAGAGAAGGCCGAGUAGGGAGACUGGAGCAACACCUUUUAAAAUCUGUGCUGCUGGACUGCUCUUACAAACUCCAGGCGGAAAAGGGUUCCUCCAGAGUCGGGUCUGUUUCUAUGUAGUGUUGCUGAAAAUAAAGGCUCUUUCUGUCUUUCA